UCCCUAUAAGAAAUAUGUAUACGGAAAGGAUACGUUUUGUAUACAUUUUAUGUACGUUUCUAUAGAUUCCGUAUACAAAUUCCGUAUAUUUAAUAAGCAAUUCAUUUUUGAACAUUUUUUAAAAAAACUAAUGUAUACGGAAAAAAUCAAUCAUGCGGAAUGUAUACGGAAUUUUUGAACUUAAUAUUUUUAGAAGAUAAUUUUACAAAAAUCCCGUAUCAUAACACGAGAUCACGUGAUUGUUGAUCUUCCUUUCUGUCUUUCCUUUCCUUUCUCUUUCUCUUGUCAUAUUUUUGUUAUUUUUUCUAAAUUUUUCUUCUUUCUUCGUCACCCCUUUUUUUAAAAAAAAAUUUUUUUU